AGUCAGCCAAGUAUUUGUCGAACUAGUACAGAAUAGAGACCGUUGCUGGUCAGCAAGGAGUUGAUAAAAAAUAACAUCUUAGGAAACAUUCAUUAUCUUUUACAUCCCUCGCUUAUUUGUCGAGGAAUUCGUUUUUCGCCUUAGCAGAAUGUCAACUCCGGCACGACGACGUUUAAUGAGAGACUUUAAACGGCUGCAAGAGGAUCCUCCAGCUGGAGUCAGUGGAUCGCCAUCAGAAAACAAUAUCAUGGUUUGGAAUGCAAUCAUUUUCGGACCAGAGGGAACACCUUUUGAAGAUGGAACCUUCAAACUUACCAUUGAAUUCACAGAAGAAUAUCCAAAUAAACCUCCAACAGUGAGAUUUGUCUCCAAAAUGUUUCAUCCUAACGUGUACGCAGAUGGUAGCAUAUGCUUAGAUAUACUUCAGAAUCGCUGGAGUCCAACCUAUGAUGUUUCUUCAAUCUUAACUUCAAUACAGUCUUUACUGGACGAGCCAAACCCAAACAGUCCAGCCAACAGCCAAGCAGCCCAGCUUUACCAGGAAAACAAGCGGGAAUAUGAGAAGAGGGUUUCUGCUAUUGUUGAACAGAGCUGGCGUGACUGUUGACGGCGAGUCGCCGGCGUACGAACAGUGUGCACCACAGAAUCUAGAAAACCAUAAUCAAGACAUCAGAAACAGUCACAGCGCAACUUAAAAGAUCCUCCAGUAUAUUUUGUCCCUCUUACCGUUGCUCAGUUUGUAUGCUGUAGUCAUGUGGCAUUCACUGCUGCUGGAUUCUGUCGUUUGAAAGCAGAGCUGAAAGCUAAUGUACCUUGUUAUUUCUGGGUUACUUCUCAUAUGCCUUUUUAUUUCGAUAUUUAAUCGCUUUUCAUUUUCUCAAACAUGACCUCUCUGCUAGGUAAUUCAUCAAGUACCAACUGAACUAUAUGGAAGGCUAUUGUUUGGUUUGUAAAUACUGCCACUUUAUAUUUACAGAAAUAAAGCUUUUCUUUUUCAAUCUUCCCAAAAUGACAAAAAAAUACUUUUGUCUGCACAUUAAAAGGAAUGGUAUAAAGAAUUUGCUGAAAUAAUGGAAAUAUUCCUUAAUUACUCUAAACCUCUUGGAGUCUUAUUUUUUACAUUUUCUUAAACAGCCACACCUUUUAAUUAUAAACCAUGAUGCUUAUGGAGUAUUAUCAAUGCCCCUCCUCAAAUAAUGAGAUUUUAGCAUCCUGUCACCUUAAAAGUUUCAUAAAUAUUGAUUACAGUUAGGCAUACCUGUACUUUUUUUAUGGGUCGGAUCUUGUGCAAACAAUUGUGCCAUUUCACAAUCCUAUAAUCAUAUCUGCACACCCUUCCACAAAUGGUCUUUUCAAAUUACCUAAUCUAUCACUGGUAAUCCAUGUGAUACACUACAUUAAAAAAAUGAAAAGGUGACAAUUAAAAUAAGCUGGUUUAAUUCCUUAUUUCAGAUGAGUUUUUCACUCCAGUUGCAAACAGCUCCAACAAUCUGAAUGAACACGAGUUUAAUGUUUUGGUUAAAAGAUAUCUGAUUAGCCAGCUUGCUCACAUGAUCAGAGGAAGAUGAGUAGAAUGUAGACAAGCUUAAGACCUAAACCUGAGUUUCUUUAGACCUUAUACGUUCCACUGGUUGAUCAUCUCAAUGCUGCAGUGCUUUGAUGCAACUAUUCAUGCAUGCAACAUGAAGGUUAGUGACAUGCUUUUCUAUA